AUGCUUGUUAAACGGAAACGAUAUGCUUGUUAUAUCAAAGAUCAUUCCCCCAAUGGUACUUUUGUUAACGACUUUAGGGUGACUGGUGAAGCUGAAUUGAAAUUUGGAGAUGCGAUCAAAUUUGCAUAUGUCAGUGGUGCAGCUACCAAACCACGUUGUUAUGGGCCUCAAACUGUCGCUGAAUUUACAUUUAUUGCGGCGUCAGCACAUCGUAUUAUUGAUUGUAGGCGUCCAAUUACAAUUAAGGCAAGAUACGGCAAGACUCAUCGUUUACAUCACAGGUAA